AUGACACUCUGGCUCUUUACAUCCUGGGUUCUUCUUCUUCUUCUUCUUCAGCUCUGCUUCCUGCACCACCAUGCCGGUGCCACUUCCUCGAGCAACGAGACCGAUCGCCUCGCGUUGCUCGAGUUCAAGUCCAUGAUUUCCGACGACCCUCUGGGCUUCCUGAGCUCGUGGAACGAUUCCGCUCAUUUCUGCCUUUGGGGUGGCGUGUCCUGCUCCGAACGACGCGAUCGAGUCGCGGUCCUCGACCUCAACUCCCGGGGGCUCUCUGGCUCCAUCUCUCCGCACAUCGGCAAUCUCACCUUCCUGAAGCAGCUCCACCUCUACAACAACACAUUCCGCAACUCGAUCCCGCCGGAAAUAGGCCGCCUCCGCAGAUUGCAGGUUCUGCGUCUCUCCAACAACUCCCUGAGCGGGGAGAUCCCGUCCAGCAUCUCCGGAUGCUCUGCUCUGGCCGACCUCGAUUUCGGGAAAAACAAUUUGACCGGGAGCAUACCUCCGGAGCUCGGCCUCUUGAACGAGCUUCAAUUCUUCAACGUCGACAGGAAUUUCCUGACGGGGAACAUCCCUUCUUCUUUCGGCAACCUGACACUCAUUCAGGAAAUCAGGGUAUCCGAUAACCAGCUGAAUGGUGAAAUUCCUCCCUCCAUUUUCAAUCUGUCUUUGCUUGUUUAUCUCACGCUCGGACACAACCAGCUCCAGGGGAACCUCCCGUGGAAUCUGGGAUUAUUACUUCCGAAUCUCGAGUACUUUUACGCAGCUUUUAGUGAGCUCACGGGUAGCCUCCCGGCUUCUCUGUCCAACGCCACGAACAUGGUUCAGCUACAAUUGCAAGUCAACAAUUUUACCGGGAGCGUGCCUAGUAUGGCCAGCUCUCGCAACCUUCUUCGUUUCUCCAUCGGGGGAAACUCCCUGGGAGGUGAAGACGGUGGUGGCGAUUUGAGUUUCCUUUCCUCAUUUGCCGGUGCGAGGAACUUAGAAGCCUUGGUCAUCGACACCAACAAUUUCCGAGGAAGCAUACCGGAGCAAAUCGGCAACCUGUCGUCGAGCCUCCUGCUGCUCGACUUCAGUACCAACCAAAUACCAGGAAGCAUCCCGGAGAGCAUACGGAACCUGGUCAGCUUGCAAUGGCUUUGGGCACACGAGAACAAGCUGUCUGGAACUACAAUCCUAUCCACCGUCGCGAACGUGCCAAGCUUAGUGGAUUUGCGGUUGUACGACAACCAAAUUCCGGGUUCCAUUCCUCCGUCUAUUGGAAACUUGAGCAAUUUAACUGUGCUGCGGUUGGCUGAUAACCGUCUCGAGGGAGAAAUUCCUGCUGAUGUUGAGAAUUGCAGGCGGUUGAUAAAUCUGGACUUAUCAAACAACAAUCUUAGUGGCAUCAUUCCUCCACAGAUCAUGGGUCUUUCUUCCUUAUCAAUAGUCUUGAACUUGUCUCAUAAUCAUUUCAAUGGUGGCAUCCCCGUCGAAGUGGAAAAUCUGAAGACAUUGAAUUCAUUGGAUCUAUCUCAUAAUAUGUUAUCGAACAACAUUCCGAGUAGCCUUGGUAAAUGUGGCAGCCUGGAGUUUGUGCGAUUGCAGGGCAAUCUCCUCCAAGGACAGAUUCCUUCCACUUUGGAUUUAUUAAAAGGUAUUCAGCUAUUUGAUGUUUCGAGCAAUAACUUAUCUGGUCAAAUUCCCAGAUUCUUUGAGAACAUGAAUUUUCUUCAGCUGUUGAAUCUGUCUUAUAACAAGUUUGAGGGUGAAGUGCCAGCAUCAGGAGUUUUGAAAAACGUCAGCAUCAUCUCAGUAAUUGGAAAUGACAAGGUUUGUGGAGGUUUGGCUGAACUUAACCUCCCACGUUGUAGCUUCAGACAACCAAAGAAGAAGUUGAGCUACAAGUGGAAGGUUGUCAUAUCAACAAGCUCUAGUGUUGCUUUCUUGGUCAUUGUUGCUUCUUGCUUGUCAGUCUUAUGGAUGAAAAGAAAAGGGAAACGAAACAUAGUUUCAGAUGAUGGUUCUGAUAUUCGGGUAUCGUACCAAAGUCUCCAUAAAGCUACAGAUGGUUUCUCCGAAACAAAUCUUCUUGGUGCUGGCAGUUUUGGUUCUGUGUACAAAGGAGUUGUUGACAUUAAUGGGAAAGACACCACAAUAGCUAUCAAGGUAUUCAAUUUACAGCGUCGAGGAGCUUCCAAGAGUUUCAUGGCGGAAUGUGAAGUCUUGAAGAACAUCAGACACAGAAAUCUUGUGAGAAUAGUGACAGUGUGUUCUGGUGUUGAUUAUCAAGGGAAUGAUUUCAAGGCUCUCAUUUAUGAGUUUGUGGUUAAUGGAAGCCUGGAAAAUUGGUUGUAUGCGACGGAAAGUGUUGAUGAUCCUCCAAGGAGCCUGAAUUUUCGCCAGAGGCUAAAUAUUGUCAUUCAUGUAGCAUCUGCACUAGAUUAUAUUCAUAACCUAUGUGAAACGCCUAUUGUUCAUUGUGAUCUUAAGCCCAGCAAUGUUCUUCUCGACGAGGAUAUGGUAGCUCAUGUUGGUGAUUUUGGAUUAGCGACAUUUCUUCAACCCUCGGGUACGUCAUCUAGCUCCAUUGGCAUAAAGGGAACUGUCGGCUAUGCUCCUCCAGAAUAUGGUAUGGGAAAUGAAAUUUCGACCCAAGGUGACAUGUAUAGUUAUGGAAUUCUCGUGCUUGAGAUGUUCACGGGAAGGAGGCCAACCGAUGAAUCCUUUAUAGGAGGAUUGAACCUACAGAAGUUUGUCAAUAAUGUUUUAUCAGAACAACAAUCGACAAUCAGAGAAGUUUUAGAUCCAAUUCUAUUUACUGAACUAUCACUUCUCCGAAACUCUGAGGAAGAUGUAGUUUCCAUUUUCAAAAUUGGUGUUGCUUGCUCUUCCGACUCCCCGCAAGAGCGACCAAGUAUUAGUGAAGUUCUAACAAAGCUAAACAAGCUAUUAGCUUGA